AUGGAUACCGAUCUUCGCCCGCUGAUUGACACCCUCUCGAGCAACAUUGACCAUGUCGAGGAAUCUCUUGCGCCCUUGAUCAACACUGCACUGUCCGCCAGCACAAGCAAACUCCCUCUGCUUGACAAGGCCAAACUCUACACCCUCGUCACAUACGCCAUCGAGUCUCUUCUAUUCUCAUAUUUGCGUCUCAACGGUCUCGAUGCAAAAAACCAUCCGGUAUUCGCCGAGCUCACUCGUGUGAAACAAUACUUCGAAAAGAUCAAGCUCGCAGAGACUUCGCACGUCAAGCGCAACACGACUCUCGACAAAGCCGCCGCCGGACGCUUCAUCAAGCACGGCCUCGCUGGAAACGAUGACUACGACAGAAAGCGCGCGGAGCAACAAGAGAAGGAAAAGAAUGGCGCGAAGAGGAAAUUCGAGGACAUGACCGAGAAAGUCGGUAGUCACUCGCGCUUUGAGGCUAUGAGCAGGAAGAUGAUCAACCACGAGGCUGAAAGCAGUCCUAAGGAAGUCGAACACAGCGAGUCCGACUCCAAGAAGAAGGCAGCCUCGUCCAAGACUGCUGCUCCCAAGAAACAGAAGUCCGACAAAGCUCCCAGAGGUCACAAAGCCGCAUUCCAAGCCUUGCUACAGGGCCCCAUCUCAACCGAGGAGGAGCCAAAGAAAAAGAAGAAGAGAAAGAGCAAGGGCGGCAAGGACACCUAA